AACAUGAUCAGUCAGAAUAACAUACUGAUUGAUAUUAAUCAAAUAUUGCACUUUGAAUAGGAAGAUAAGAGAUAAGAAUGCACACGACUUUGCUUUGAACAUAUUUAUGUUCAUGUACAAUAGUUUAAUUAAUUAAUACAUUUUUUUUUAAAGAUCAUAAUAAUAAGAACCAAAGCAAUCUUUACACAACUAUUCAGAAGAGAUGAACGUGCCACGCGUCGCCUGGCUGUAGGAAACCCAAACGCCCUCGUUUAGUGGACUACUCCCGCUGAAACAAGAGAGAGAGGGAGGGAAGGAGGGAGUGACACGCACACACACGCACACACACACACGCACGUACUCCACCGAGUGAGCUGCUCCGGAGUGAACGGUACAGGUCUUCCGAGAGUCGGACCCAGAGAGCCUUCACUCGACACCGAGGUCAUGUUCCUGCGCUGCGGUUUCCUCUAACAGUUCGCUGGCUGUUGCUGUGUGCGGGAUGGAGAAGUGCGGUGCGGCUCGCUGUGGCAGCGCGAAUAAGCGCAGUGUGUCGGUGGAGCGCGGACGCAGAGCAGCGGCGAGCGGAGCGCAAGCGCGGCCCGGAGCUCCAAUCAGCCAGAGCUGCAGCGGGAAAACGGAGCAAAACCUCCGUCGAGGACUGGAGGGAGUCCUCAACAAAUACACCAAUCUACUGCAAGGAUGGCAACACAGGUAUUUUGUUCUGGAUCCUGAGCUUGGUCAACUGCAGUACUUUCUAAACGAACAAAGUAAGACCCAGAAACCAAGGGGCUCCUUGCCUCUGAUUGGCUCUUCUGUGGCCCCCAGUGAUGAGUUUCCAUUCAUGUUCACGGUCUAUGCUGUUAACGGAGAGCUCUUUAAGCUGAGAGCUUGUGAUGCAUAUGAGCGGCAGCAGUGGAUGACCCAGCUUCAGCUCUGUGCCCGUCGCCAUUCAGAGGGCAGUGCCAAGGGCUGCUCUUUAUCCUCGGCCUCCUCCUCCUCCACGGGCAGCCGGACCCGCAGCUGCUCCCUACUCCCUCAUCCCGCUCCAUCUUGCUCCUCCACUGCCACCCAGAGGCAAAACCUCCCGCAUGGGCACGGGACCCCAAGCUCCAUCAUCACCAUCACUCACCACAAAUCACCCACGAGUGGGCACCGGGCCUGCAGCCACAAUCCUGCCCGUCUGAACCACGUCAGAGAGGUCAUGUCUCAGGCCGAGGGCCAGCAGAAGAACCUUCUGCACUCCAUUGAGUCUCUGCCAAGCCGUGGGCCUCUUUCCUCACUCGAUCCAGACCUGCUGCUGCUCAAGGCUACAUCUGCAGCCACACUAAGCUGUCUAGGAGAAUGCCUAAGUAUCCUUCAGCACAAUGUCACCCAGGCAGCCCGCAACAUCACCACACACACAACAGGACUGAACACAGACAGCAAUUCAGGCUGGUCGGGGCCCAUAACUGCAACAGAUGAGGCAGUGGAAAAUGGAUCAGUGAUGGGCCUUUCCACCUCCACUGCUAACAAAGCACCCCCAUCUCCAGCACACAGGAGCAAGGAAGUGCACAAAGGUUCCGAGCACUCCAGUGCAAACGCAGUGGACCCCAGUGAGGAGAGCACAGACACUGAGGAAAAUGAGGAAGAGGACCUAGGAGUGUUAGAUGAACAAAGGAGUAUCAUCCUCCACCUUCUCUCCCAGCUCAAACUGGGCAUGGACCUCACACGGGUAGUACUACCUACCUUUAUCCUGGAGAAGCGCUCUCUGCUGGAGAUGUAUGCUAACUUCAUGGCCCAUCCUGAUAUGUUCCUGGCCAUCACAGCCGGAGUAACACCAGAAGAACGCAUUGUGCGGUUCGUGGAAUAUUACUUAACGGCCUUUCAUGAGGGACGCAAAGGUGCUGUGGCCAAAAAGCCCUAUAACCCCAUACUUGGAGAGAGCUUUCUGUGCAGCUGGGAUGUCCCACGUGAAAAAGUACGGCCCCUUAGGACCAACACUUCUGUCACUGCACCUUCGGCCACGCCCCCCUGCUCGGCCAAUCCUGCUCACUGCUACCGGCUACACUUUGUGGCUGAGCAGGUCUCACACCACCCUCCGGUCUCAGGGUUCUACUGCGAGUGCAAGGAGCGUGGGAUGUGUGUCAACGCCCAUGUCUGGACCAAGAGCAAGUUCAUGGGCAUGUCUGUGGGCGUGUCAAUGGUCGGAGAGGGUGUGCUGCACCUUUUGGAGCAUGAAGAACAGUAUGUGUUCACACUGCCCUGUGCUUACGCCCGCUCCAUCCUCACUGUGCCAUGGGUGGAGCUCGGAGGAAAAGUUUCCAUCUGCUGUGCCAAGACUGGCUACUCUGCCACCGUCACCUUUCACACCAAACCCUUCUAUGGGGGAAAAGUGCACAGGGUGACCGCUGAGGUCAAGCACAAUCCCACCAGCACCAUUGUGUGUAAGGCUCAAGGCGAGUGGAACGGUACUCUGGAGUUCACAUAUAGUAGUGGAGAAACCAAAGUGAUUGACACAUCGAAACUGCCAAUUAUUAAGAAGAAGAUCCACCCACUGGAAAAGCAGGGCCAGUAUGAGUCCCGGCGGUUGUGGCAGCACGUCACCGCAGCGCUCAAGGCCGGAGACAUCGACACAGCCACAGAGCACAAACGCCAGCUGGAGGAGAGACAACGCAGUGAGGAGAAGCAGCGAGCGGCCACCAAUGCCACUUGGAAACCCAAGUACUUCAUCAAAGAGGGAGAAGGCUGGGUCUAUCACGAUCCUCUAUGGAAGACUAACUGUUGAAGCGAGAAAGUGUGUCAUGAGCUAGCUGUCCAUCACAGAGCCCAGCUCACAGCUGGGCAGGGCCACACUGGGAGAGUGCUGGCCAGCCAAAGGAACCAGAGGAACCAGACUUCACAGGAACAGGAACUAGCCUGACCAUUUCCUCUGAGCGUUAAAGGUGCCAAAAAAAAUUAAUAAAUAAAUAUUCCGACUCUGAAAGCAGAGUAACCCACUGCAGCAGCUCCCCAAAGCGACGUCCUUCCAAUUCUGAAACAGACACACUCGAGAAAAUGAUUCUUUCCAGCCUGUGACUGGAAACGUGGAGGUCAACCAGCACACAAUGGAAAUAUUCUGCAUUCUUUUCUUCCUGAAUUCAAAUUUAUUAAUCCAACCAUGCUUCCUGAAAGAUCAGCACUCCUUAAAAAAGUUUCCGCAAACGGAACACCCUGGACACUUUGAACACUAAUAAAUAACGAUAUCCACGCUGAAAAUGUCAGUCCUGAUCACCCACUUCAAGUCAGAACAUGUUAAAAAAUUCUAUUUUUAGACCCACAAAUGCUUAUUAAAGUGAAUAUACAGGCUUGUGUGAAAUCACUGAGCAUAGCAGUAAUGUCUGAUGUAAGUAGUUGUGAAAGUGACCGUAUUAGACUGUAUUAGAUCUUUGCAUAAGUAUUCUGGUUACACAGUCAGUCAUAAGAGAAGAUGAAUCUUGUAGCUCUUGAAGUAGCUGCUCAUAACAUUCCAGUAUAAGGUCUAAAUAAAUGAGAUUCCAGAUUGAAUUCACUUUAACGUGAGACUCCGUGUCCAUUCUAAUGCAAGGACUCUUACGUGAUGUUUCUCUCAGCCGAGCCGAGAAAAUGACAACGAUUCUACUCAUACAUGAACCGCCAAACAAUUUGAGUGUCUGAAACAUUGUCUUGAUGGCGGCUGUACAAUGAUCUCGAUCUGAUGUGUGGAAAACUUCUUUUAAAAUCCUUUGUGUAGCAGCUUUUGCAUCUCUAUCGUGUUUCUGAGAAAAUCAUCUAACAAGACAAAUCUGCAAAGUUCAGGAAUCUGAUUUGAUCUUCAGUUUGCUGAACACUUUGUUAAAUCCAUGUUAUUAUUAGUUUACCAGUUCAUUGUAAGAUCUGAUUUUGUACAUACUUUUAACACUGCAUUAAUCACAUAUUUACAGUACUGACACAAGCUGCAUUUUGUAUGACACGGCGCACACACUUUAUUUUUCCCCCGAACACAACUUCCAGCCAAAUGUGUAUAAAGAAAACAAAUUGUUGCUAACUUGGUAUUGUUUUGUGGUACCAUCUUUAGAAUUUACUACAAAUCCCAGGCAGAACCUUUAAUGAACAUCUCUUAGAAAGCCUGGAGCAUAUUUAACCCACCCCACUGAUCAUAGUUUUCUUUUAGAAUUUGUAAGCCUAUCCAGAUAUGUGUAGAAAGUUGGCUUGGGAUACAUGACUCUCUUACAGGUCUUAUAGGAAUGCAGACUUUUUGCACGAUUGUUAAAAUUGAAGGGAAAAAAACAAAACAAAACCUGUACGUAAUGUAGAACAGAUCUGUGAAACCUGUUCAGUGCUCCAUGUUUAUGUGAAGAGUCUUAAGCGAAGGUAAAUGUACAACAUCGUAAUGUAUUCAGAGCUUAGACCAAACACUUUGCGCACCAGUGUAGAAACUAUGCAACAUGUUCAUUUCACCACAUACACGCGAUGAGAACUUCCAUAGUGCAGUACGUGUUAAACAUUGCUGUAGAAAUACAUGCUGUAUUUUUUCAGUCACAAUGGAUAAACUGAAAAAUAGAGGAGACUGAACACAAAUUGGUUGUCAUUGGAGCAUAAAUUGUAUAUUCAUAAUGGUUAGUAUGUCAGAGGCAUUUGAAUAUAAAACAACUUUGUGGUAUUUCUAUAUACUUGUAAAAGUUGUGCUGACGCACUGACCCAUUUAGAGUUUACUCAGUUAAAUGGUUUAACACUCAAGCCCUUCCCAAACACACUUUUUUAAAAUUAUUUUUUUUUAAAUAACCCCAUUUUACAACAAAUUCACUAAAGCUAAUUUGACAAAUAAAACAGCAACUUUUAAGGGUUGCCAUGAUAACAGGUCUAAGCUUGUGCUGCCAUCUAGAGGACACAAUACAUUCAUAUAGAAUGAAAUUUCAUCUGUGUAGUGUAUUCAAUUCAUUUUCAUUCAAAUCUUUACCAAAAAAAAGAAAAAAGAUCAAGAUCAAGACACCCAGGAUAAACCAAGAUUAAAUACAAUUUACAAAAAAAAAAAGUUAAGAGUUGACAAGCGAGCAUUUAUUCUUUCUGUUGUGCAGUGGUUGACGUGACAUGGUUUACAUGUGCUACUGCUGUGUCAGCAUGGAACCUUUAAUAAUCACAAUAUUAAAACUAAAACACAAAAGGUACGUUUUGUUUUUAAAUGAAACUGCUGUGUACCAUAAAAUAGCGAGACAGACCAAAGCAAAGGAUUAUUGAUGAGACAAAAAAAUAAGUACAAACAUGGCCAUUGGUGAUAAGGCAGAACCUUUCAUAUACUCCUUUAAUUUCAAAGGCAUUGCUGAUUCUGACAAUAGCAUCCUUUUUCAAAUCCAUUUCAAACGCUCUUUUACAACUUGUAGAAGAAACCCCAAAUUAAACAACACACACACACGCAGUUUCGCAUUUUGUGAUGAGACGCUGCCCUCAUUUUACUUCCAUUUUGUUCUUAUAAAUAAAUAGCUCGAGUCUAUUAAUUAAUUAUGAAAUCGAUAUGUUGUUAAGCAGAUGGUUGUUAACUCAAAUCAGCAUUUUCCUCAGAAAGAACUAAAACUGCAUCCCUGUUAACUUGCACACAAAAGAUAAAGUAGCGGCAGCGCACGAAGGGAAGGGAAAACCAAGAAAAACAUGGAGCAAGAGAACAAAC